UUAAACGACAUCGCUCGUGAUCUGCUUCCACUUUUUUAAUUCUGUUUCAGGGAAAAGUAUCGUCCUGAUCCAAUUAUCCCAACGAAAUUCCCUAAUCAUGGAGAUGGAAACCGACCCGCUUCCUAACGGCAAUUCCUCACCGUCAUCGACAACCGCCUCCGCCGCUUCCUCUGCGGCGUCGAUCACCACUUCCGGCUCGGUUUCAGCCGCAGUUCCGUCAUCCAAGCUGACUCACCUGGCGGAGUCCUUAAAAUUGGAGCACCAGUUCCUCCGCGUCCCCUUCGAGCACUACAAGAAGACGAUCCGCGCUAACCACCGCGCUGUCGAGAAAGAGGUAUCCGCUGUCAUCUCCGGUGUCGCCGAAGCCGCCGACUCCGCGGAACUAUGUCGUGAUGAUGCCGUUAAGCAACUUAAUUCGCUGGUCUCGAGACUGCAAGGACUCAAGAGGAAGUUGGAAGAAGGGAGUAAAACAGAGAACUUGCAAGCUCAGAGAUGCCGAGCUAGACUGGACCAUUUGGAGGCUGCAGAUGCAGAAAAUCUAUCAGAAUGGAGUAAUACUCGAUUGAAGAGAAUACUUGUGGAUUACAUGUUAAGGAUGUCUUACUAUGACACUGCGAUCAAGCUUGCUGAAAGCAGCAAUAUUCAGGAUCUUGUGGAUAUUGAUGUAUUUUUUGAAGCAAGAAGGGUUAUUGAAGCUCUUCAAAACAAAGAUGUCGUCCCUGCUUUAGCUUGGUGCGCGGAUAAUAAAUCUAGGCUGAAGAAGUCAAAGAGUAAAUUUGAGUUUCAGUUGAGACUACAAGACUUCAUAGAGCUAGUAAGAGCUGAAAAUAACAUGCGAGCUAUUACAUAUGCCCGCAAGUAUCUGGCUCCUUGGGGAGCUACCCACAUGAAAGAAUUGCAAAGGGUGAUGGCCACACUUGCUUUCAGGAGUAAUACCGAGUGUGCGACAUACAAGGUCUUAUUUGAAGCCAAGCAAUGGGAUUUCCUCGUUGAUCAAUUUAAGCAGGAGUUCUGCAAGUUAUAUGGCAUGACACUAGAGCCCUUGCUAAAUAUAUAUUUGCAAGCCGGCUUGUCAGCUCUGAAAACUCCAUUCUGCUAUGAAGAUGAUUGUUCUAAAGAGGACCCGCUAUCGCAAGACCACUUCCGCAAGUUAGCUUCACCACUUCCAUUCUCGAAGCAGCAUCAUUCAAAACUUGUUUGCUAUAUUACAAAAGAACUGAUGGACACCGAGAACCCUCCACUAGUCUUACCAAAUGGCUAUGUCUACAGCACUAAGGUCUGUCUAAUUGCCAGAGUUUAUUGUUCUCACGAGUAGUAAAUUUCAUUGCUAUACAAAAGUUCUAUUUGUGCUUGGCAGGCUCUAGAAGACAUGGCAAGGAAGAAUAAUGGCAGAAUCACAUGCCCGAGGACAGGUUUUGUCUGCAAUUACACAGAAGUGAUCAAAGCAUAUAUUUCAUAAUUUAUUGUUCAAGAUGAGUGGCUCUGAAGAAGAAUGUUAUUGGAUUUUACAUUAAUUAAUCUUUAGAAGCUUGUAGCUUCUCUGCUGAUUCAGAAGCUAUUGCGGUGUGAAGGGAAAGUCUUGUUUUGUGUGUAAAGGACUUCACUUAAUUGCUGUAUUGGCUGAAUCCGCAAAUGUACAUAUGUAAUGCAUAAUCUUCAUUUGUAAUUAUUACUGGUUUUUGUUUCUUUCUUUUUGUUAAAUUUCCAGAUACUAGAAGUCUAGAAUAAUAUUAACAUUAUUCCUUAUUGUUAUCGCAUAAUUACUUUCUGUACGGACUUAUUCUUACAUAUCGUUAAGACACUUUCUGAUGCUAGGCGUCUC